GGUACACUUGGCAGGGUUGGUACAUUUCGAUUGGUUCCAGUUUAAAUUUACAACUUUAUCAAAAGAUGGCGACCACAACGAUAAUAAAACCUUAACACGUGUUAAGGAAUUGGAACUCAGAUUUAACACGUUUUUAGAAGUUACUAAAAUGGACACGAUAAACAAAAACGUGUCGACGAUUAAAACACAGAAACUAUUCAAAGUCCAUUGGUUUAAUAUACCCCAGCAAAUAGAUUUAAAUAAUUUGAAAACAGGGCUAUCUCAAUGUUCAACGCCUUGCACUUAUACCACAGCUGGGGCUAGCGACAUUGUGAUAUUUGAUGGCGACACCUUACCACGUAAUCCGCCAUUUAAGAAAAGCAACCCGAAUCAAAUUUGGGUGUUUCAUGAAAUGGAAUCUCCACCAAUUACAGCCUCUAAAUCUUGGCGAGGAGAAUCGUGGAGAAACCAGUUUAACAGGACUAUGUCGUAUCGUAUGGAUUCAGAUGUGUUUGUUCCGUACGGCAGCUAUAAUAAAAGAGUGAAACCCUUGAAGAAAAAUAUGACUGCUAUUAUGAAGCAAAAAACAAAACUGGCCGUCAUUUUCUCCAGCCAUUGUGGCACACCUAGUAAGCGCGAACUAUUCAUCAAUUUAUUACGAAAAUACAUCACAGUUGAUUUUUAUGGACGAUGUGGGAAUUUAACUUGCAAGAAAAGCACCAAAACCCACAAAUCUUGUUUCGACACAGUUGAAAAAACAUACAAAUUCUAUUUUGCUUUUGAGAAUACGUUCUGUAAAGAUUAUGCUACCGAAAAAUUCUACCGUUCCGAAGCCCAAGAUCUGGUGACAGUGGUUCGUGGCGGAGCAGAUUAUUCAAAACUAUCGCCCGAAAAAAAUUACAUAGAUACAAAAGAUUUUAACUCAGUGAAAGAAUUGGCGACUUAUCUCAAAUAUUUGGAUAAAAAUGAAACAGCCUAUACCGAAAUUCUAGAGAGAAAAUGGAAGUAUAACGUGAAUCACGCGGAGUUUGCUUUUACCGAUAUGGAGAAAAUUUCACAAAAACAGGCGAUUUGUGAUUUGUGUUCAAAGGCAGGAUCGUGGGUGAAAGAAACAAAAGUGUAUGAAAAUAUUGCGAGUUGGUAUGAGAAGGAUAUAUGUCAUGCGCCAACAGAUAUUCAUUAGCUUGUAAACAAAAUCGAAUGGUUAGCACGUGCGCGGUGAACCAUUGAGUCAACUGGCGUGGUUUCGAUUCCUCGGUUGUACGUGACAAGGAGUAGGGUCGCCUGUCCAACCUUUUGUUUUUUCUCCAGGUCCUCCGGUUUCCUUCCACUGCUACAAACCAUUAUGUGCAAGCGAACUAUUAAAAUAAAUUGAACAAUAUGUUAGUACCGAAAUGACCUAGUUUGUUUCGAGUGGACGUUAAACCCCAUUACUCUUCCUCUUCACGUACGCCUACACUAUGUCGUCACCCCAUCCGUCGGUCCGCCAACAAUUGGCUUCUGAACACGAUAGAGGCUUUCUGUAUUUAGGAUGGCUUUCUAUGCCAUAGAACGUGCAACCUACAGCACCAAGUACCUACAUAAUUAUAUUGUCAACUUAAACUUUUUGAUCAUACUAUAUUGCCGAUUGUACUGUACGGUUGUGAAAUAUGGGGAUUUGGGCAAUUAUCCCCCAUAGAAACUAUCCAUAACCAGUUUUUAAGAAAUAUAUCGAAAGUAAAAAAAACGUACCCCUCUGUAUAUGUUAUAUGGUGAAACUGGGAGAUAUUCUUUAAAUAUUUAUAUUAAGCAUAGAAUGGUUAGCUUUUAGAUUAAAAUGAUAAGUGGUAAAACUGGCAAAUAUUCUUUGUUACGGGUAUUAUAUAAGUCUCUAUUAAAAAAUGAUGUAAAUCAUACUAAUAAAUGGCUAAUGACUAUCAAAAAUACCCUUCAUGAAUGUGGAUAUAGUUAUGUAUGGAACUCACAACAGACGCGAAAUCCAGUUAAACUGAAAUAUGAAUUAUUACGACGACUAAAAGAUCAGUAUAUUCAAACCUGGUCGUCAAAUAUCCAGAAAUGGAAUAAAUCUGUUAACUAUAGAAUCUAUAAGACCGAAUUUAAAUUAGAACCGUAUCUUAUC